GGGAUUGAGACCGAUGCUCGACAGCGUGGGUCUUCUCUCCAGACCGAAGAGACGGAUAUGUAUAUUCCUGUCAAGGCUUUCUUCGUAUCUCGGAGAAUGCAGUGUGGACUUGAAGGGCCUGGCAUGCGAGCAAUUUGACGACGUGAUUUCUACCCGUAAAGAGCUCGUGCUAAGGUGCAGGGAUCGACCAGUAGACUCGCCCGCGCAUACGAAGAAGCCUGCUAUUCCACAGCUGAAGUGUUGGACAUGCGAACGUUAUAUGGUUGUGUAUCAGUAUGGCUCGGUAGUGCUUUUCAACUUUGGGGAUGAGGAGGAGACUGAGUUCUUAAACGUCGUCCGCAAGUACUGCAAGGAGGAGUUUGGCAAGCCGAAGAAGGAGGAUUACGGCGUGCUGAUCAGGCCAACACUGUCGGAGUGGAGUCACGGAUCACACGACAUAAUUAUGCUGAGGAAGUUUGACAUCGAUAACAUUCGCAUCAUUGCCAGUGUCUUGGCACAGAGUAUUGCCCUGGACUACUUUGCAAAGCUGGUUGAUGAGAUGAUAAAUGUCUUUAGUGAGCUCAACCGAGGUAUGGAGCGCACCGGUACUUUUACGAUGACCCGCAAAAAGCUAUUCCAGCUCGUUGCUUCAGCGAACUUCACACUUGCCGACGUCAUUGUCCGUAUGGGACUUUUAGAAAGGUCGGACGCGGCGUGGAAGAACAUAAAUUACGCUCGGGUUUUUGAGUUUAUGAGGGAGGAGUUUGAGCUCAACGAGCGUUUCAAGAGCUUACAUUUCAAGCUCAAUAUUAUCCAGCACAACGUUCGGCUGUUUCUAGAGGUUCUCCAGAAUCGCAAAUCUGACAUCUUAGAAUGGAUAAUCAUUCUGCUGCUUGCUGGAGAAAUCGGUGUCGGCGUGUAUGACAUAUUGCACGAGACAGGCGUCAUAUGAGAAGACAGCAGGAGCAACUCCAUCCAGCACAGAGAUCUCUCGAGCUUAAUCUAAAUCAAGCCAGGACAGCAAACAAUCGAGCGCGCUCUGAGGACAAGAUCUCUGCUGGACAAGCUUGCGUACGCCAAUUUUCGCCACUCGAGAGAGCUCGCGCUAAAGUACAAGACAAAAGAUUUCCUCCUCCUUUGCACACAUUACAAAACAUCACAUCAUCCAU